AGCGCACUUGAAUACCCGCCCAACACCAACACCAACAACCACUCCACCACCCCGCCCAUCUUAAUCAAUCAGCAAUGAGAGAAGUCCUUUCCCUUCACGUCGGUCAGGCCGGUGUCCAGAUCGGUCAGAGCUGCUGGGAGCUCUACCUCAACGAGCACGGCCUCACCCCGGACGGACGUGUCCUUGCCAACUCUCCUUCUGAGAAUGACGAUGGCUUCUCCACCUUCUUCUCCGAGACUGGCAGCGGCAAGUACGUGCCCCGCUCCAUCUAUGUCGACCUGGAGCCCAACGUCGUCGACGAGGUCCGCAACGGCCAGUACCGCUCGCUCUUCCACCCCGAGACGCUCGUCACCGGCAAGGAGGACGCCGCCAACAACUACGCCCGUGGUCAUUACACGGUCGGCAAGGAGCUCAUCGACCAGACCCUCGACCGUGUCCGCAAGCUCGCAGACGCCUGCUCGGGCCUGCAGGGCUUCUUCGUCUUCCACUCCUUCGGUGGUGGUACAGGUUCCGGUUUCGGAUCCUUGCUCCUUGAGCGUCUCGCUCAGGACUACGGCAAGAAGGCCAAGCUCGAGUUCUCCGUCUACCCUGCCCCUAUGAUGAGCUCGUCCGUCGUUGAGCCUUACAACUCGGUCCUCACCACGCACACGACCCUCGAGAACUCGGACUGCUCCUUCAUGGUCGACAACGAGGCCAUCUACGACAUCUGCAAGAAGAACCUUGGCAUCCAGAGCCCUGGCUACUCCAACUUGAACCGCCUCAUCGCCCAGGUCGUCUCGUCCAUCACGGCCUCGCUCCGAUUCGACGGCUCGCUCAACGUCGACCUCAACGAGUUCCAGACCAACUUGGUCCCCUUCCCCCGUAUCCACUUCCCGCUCGCCACGUACGCACCGAUCAUCUCGGCAGAGAAGGCCUUCCACGAGCAGAACUCCGUCUCGGAGAUGACCUUCUCGUCCUUCGAGAAGGGCAACCAGAUGGUCAAGUGUGACCCCCGUGACGGCAAGUUCAUGGCAUGCUGCUUGCUCUACCGCGGUGACGUCGUCCCCAAGGACGUCAACUCUGCCGUCGCAGCAAUCAAGACAAAGCGCACCAUCCAAUUCGUCGACUGGUGCCCUACCGGAUUCAAGAUCGGUAUCUGCAACGAGCCCCCCGCUCUCGUCCCCGGCGGUGACCUCGCCAAGGUCUCGCGCUCGCUCUGCAUGCUUGCCAACACGACGGCUAUCGCUGCCGCCUGGUCGAGGCUGGACCGCAAGUUCGACUUGCUCUACUCGAAGCGUGCCUUCGUUCACUGGUACGUCGGUGAGGGUAUGGAGGAGGGUGAGUUCUCCGAGGCCAGGGAGGACUUGGCUGCUCUUGAGAAGGACUACGAAGAGGUCGGCAUGGACACGGCUGGUGAGGGCGAUGAGCUCGUCGAGGAGUACUAAGCGUGCUAGGCCGAAAGGUAAUGCUGCUUGCUUCCGACUCGACUCGAUUGCUGUUCUCUUGCUCCCUUCACUUCAUUGUAGCGAUGUGGCCCGUUGGCCGCUCGCGCCCGUGCUCUUGAGCAUGGGCCUCUCUUGUCGCUCUUUCUUAAUCACCCGAGCUCCUUCUCCCCUUAGCACGAGCACGAGUCUGAUCCUGUAAACCGUCUGCUUUUGACUGCCCUGAUCGCAUUACCGCCGCUGUCGCUACCACAUUUCUCUAUGAAUCAUCCUUCCCUC